CUGUUGCACAGCAACAAAUCCUUUCCGGAAGCGGAAGCUCCUUCGUUUUUAGUUGGUUGUUGCAGUCGCUUGAAGUGUGUGCAUAAAGUUGGAAACUUUGGCAGCGCUGAUUAUGGAGUUAUGUUGAGUGUGCUUAUGGAGAUACCAACUUUUGUUUGGGAAGAGUGAUGGUAAAUGCUGCAGUGCUGUGGUGUGAAACAGCAUAGUUGUCACAAUGGCAGACACUGUUCUAGACAGUCAUGCAUGUGACAGGGUUGUUACAGGGAAAAGAAAAGCUUGGGCAUCUAGUAAAGGAUCCUGUCCAGCUUCUGAAGCUGAUGAUACAACACAUACCCAGGACCAUGUUUCAGAAGGCCUACCACUGGAUGUCGAAGUGGGUGAAAGAAGUAUGCAAAAUGAAAAGAUCGCAACAUGGCUUAAGGACUGCAGAACACCGAUGCGGUCUUUGGAUGAGUCGUACAAUCCUGCAUUUAAGGGUGUAAGUCUGAAAAAUGGGAGUAGCUUUGAUGAUGAUCUGUCACUUGGAGCAGAAGCUAAUCAUCUUCAUACUGGACGCUUGCAGGUGGAAACAGCAUGCGAUGGUUUGCUUGCUGAAGAAAAGCGUCUCCUGUUUCAGAAAAGAGGAAGUAUGAAUUCCACUGGUUCAGGGAAAAGUAGUGGCACAGUGUCCAGUGUAUCUGAACUUUUGGAACUCUAUGAAGAAGACCCAGAAGAAAUUUUGUAUAAUCUUGGAUUUGGGAGAGAUGAGCCAGAUAUUGCCUCUAAAGUGCCAUCAAGAUUUUUUAUUUCUUCCUCCAGUGCUAAUGGAAUAGACAUCAAAUUAUAUUUGAAUGCUCAGCUGCAACGUAUGGAAUUGGAAAACCCUAAUUAUGCCUUAACAAGUCGCUUCCGACAGAUUGAAGUGCUUACUACUGUUGCCAAUGCUUUUUCCUCUCUAUAUUCUCAAGUGACUGGUAUUCCUCUGCAAAAAAUUGGAAACACUACUACUACUACUACUACUACUACUACUACUACUACUAGUACUACUACUGAUAAGGAAACCGCAAAUGAUGUCCCUCUUUUAAAGCGAAGAAGUACAGUUGCUCUACUUAAAAAGACAAUAUCGAAGUUAAAUUUGCAUAGCGCGCAGACAGCAAAAGAUGAUAGUACAUCUUCUCAUCCAACAGAAACAGGAGGAUCCACAGACUUGAUGUGUACUGAGGAAAAUGCCAUAAAACAUGGACUAAAGAAUGAGCAGAAACCAGUAAAACUGUUCAAACGAGAGCCUCCUUUACUUGCAACUGUUAAAGAAGAAACAUCAGUGAAUUUGCUAAAAUCUGUGGAACUUCCUCUUGUCAGUCCCUUGUGUACCGAAAAUGAUGCAACUAUGGCUGAUCAGACUCCAGAUGACCACUCUUCCCAAAAUGCAUUGUGUGAAAUAUCUGCACUUGAAGAUAUCUCUUUGUUUAGCAAAGACUCUAGACAUUCAGAUGAUGAGUCUGAAAUGACCACUGACAAAAAGAAGCAAUACACAUCAACUCCCGAAAAAGAACUGUAUUCAAACAUCCAGAACCCAGUCCUAGUAAACUUAACAACACAGCAGAAAGAUUCAUUUGAGAUAGAAGAGGUUCAAAGUUUAGAGGGAGAGGUACCACAUGUUCCUGCUUCAGCACCCAGCAGAAUUGGAAAAGACCAGUUUUACAGAACAACAAGCUCAGAUAGCAGUGGUUUUGCUGAAGAUCCUUCAUCAGAUUUUCACUCUGCUUAUCACCUCCAGGUCCAAGAACCUUUGCGGACUAUGGGAAGUAGUGGUGACAGCAAUGACAGUGAAACAACAUUAACGUCUUGUGCUGAACCCAUCAAUACUCCAUCAAAUCAAGAUGAGCCAUUUUUCCUGGAACGAAAAGAAAGUGAGGAGUUCCAAACUCCAUCUGAUAAUUUAGAUGGAAUGCUGCCUUUGUUUCCAGGAAAUGAGCCUAACGAUUUGGAAGGCAAAGCAAAAACAGUUCCUUCACCAUCAGAAAUGGAGCAUCUUAAUCAGAGUAAGUGCAUGCACAUGUCCAUGCCAAAUGACUCUGAUUCUAAUGCUGAGGUAUUUGAUACAGAAGAAGCCUUGCAUUGCAAGGAAGAGGACAAUGUGCUAUUAAACGAUACAGAGCAAAGUAAAGAAAGUGACAGCGAGGUUGAAAUUCCACACUAUACCAGUCACAAUUUACCCGAGUCAUUUGAUCUGACAGAGGAUUCUUGCUCUUCUGUGUCUGAAGAACUUGAUGACCUUUCACCUUCUUCUAUAAAUAAGAUUAAUGUUGCCCUGCAAAGAGCCCAGAACAGAGUUUCUCGAUCUUCAGCUGGAUCUCCUGCUAGAAUAGGUCGAAGUAUGGUGAAAGCUAGUGAUCUGUUCAUUGCAAGCAAUGAGCAUUCCGCCAAAAAUGAGUCCAAGAUAGAACUGGGAUACCCUUUAAGGAGAACUCGAUCAUUGCCAACCACCCUGCUAAGCCCAGUGCGAGUUGUGUCAUCAGUGAGUGUUCGAUUAACACCAGGAAGGAAAACCCUCUGCACACCCCCUUUGUAUACUUACAGAUAUACUCCUGAAGAUGAUGAUGAUGAUGGACAUGAGGAGGAGGAUUUUUCUAGCACCAAAUCUGCUCUUUUCACUUCUCCAGAUUCUGUGGCAAAAGAGCCCCCUAGUAGAGGACCUUUACUGAACAAGUUUGUAGAUGAGUCUUGCCAUAGUAGAGUUCACUCUCUUCCUCUUCAUGGACCAAGACCGUUGUCUCAGUCAGCAUACUCUCUUCACUCUAUUCAUUCAGAAAUGCAAGAAAAGACAGUGUAUGAUCACUUAAAGACAUGGAGUUCAGGCAGUGUCCCAAAUGUUGCACAUCAUUCAUAUGCCACAUCUACUUUUUGUAGUCCAUAUCCGCAGAGACAUUGUAUACGUCCAUAUCAAAUGGUUCCAGUAAAUCCUCCUACAGCUAUUGAAAUGCAGUUGCGUAGAGUACUACAUGAUAUCAGAAACACUGUCCAAAACCUUUCUCAGUAUCAGAUGUUUGGAGUAAAUGACCAUGCUGCAAGUUGUUGCAAUGCAAGAGCCUCCAUUUUACCUCUCUAUGAAAGUACGUUCCAGGAACUGAAGAUUAUGAAAAGGAGUCUGAAUUUGUUCAGAUCUCAGAUGAUGGAUUUGGAGUUGAAUAUGCUGCACCAGCAGACAAUGGUUUACCACCAUUUAACUGAAGAGGAGAGACAGGAAGCAGAUCAGCUGCAGUAUUUAAGAAAUUCUGUACGUAUGGAGCUACAGGAGUUGGAACUGCAGUUAGAAGAACGCAUAUUUGCUGUGGAAGAGCAGCUACGGGCUUAUCAGCAUCAUUCACCCUACAGACCUCGGAUUUAUCCUAGCAUGUAUGAAUGCAGAAGCCUGGAUAAUUUAUCAUGUUCUUCACCUCUGAAUGUCCUGGAACCAGUCACAGAACUUCUUCGAGAGCAGACUUAUUUGAAGUCUGAAUUGGGGCUUAGCGAGCCUGAUGUUGAAGAUACAGUACAUGGUUUUGAGCGCAUACGGACUUAUACGCCUUCACUUGCUUCUGAGCUAGCUUCAGUGUGCUCCAGCCCAACACCAUUGAAAAGACCUACUGCAUCCACCCCAAGAUACAACCGUGAAAGUAAUGCAAUUCCUUCACCACAGAAUAAGCAAGUGUUUCGUGCUUCAGUGACAUUGACACCAGUACCACCAGUGAGAAGUGGGAAAGAACAACCUGUUGACAUUUGUCCCUCAAAAGAAGCUGCAGAGCAGGCACAGAUGGGAUAUCAAACAACUGAGUAUAGUAGUUCUUCAGAAACCCACAGUGCAGAGCAGAAUAUACCUUUAACAGAAAGCCCUGGACUGCGGGAAGUAUUAAAGGAGAUCAAACAGUCAAUUGUUGGAGAUCUCAGACGUGAGCUAGUUGAAGGACUUCUAGCAGCAGUGUCUUCACAAGACAUGUCACCGGGUGUCAAGAGGGAAGAGUGUCCAUGAAAAAGGUAUGAUAUCCUGGCUUCAAGGCUGCUAUUGGAGAAGCUUUACUUGGAACACUGGUCUUUGAUUUUGUGCAUCUGGUAUUGAUCUUCAUAUUCAGGAGUCACUAAUGCUGAUGUGAUCUGCUACUGUAAACAAGUCUAGUUUUCACAGUUCAGUUUAUCAGUGUCUUAACAGACGCAUCCAGUUUUCAGAUGUAAUGUUAUAUACUUUUUUAACAAGUGGGGAGAAUGUAAUGCAUUCAUGAUGCAUUUUUUUCUCCUAGUUUUAAAAAUUUAACAUUUAAACUUAAGGAGACUUGGGUGUUGUAAAUGGUUACAUUAUGAACCUGUUUAAUGGCAUUGGUUGUAUAUUCAUUCAUUUUAAACUAACAAUGUGGGGAAAAGGGACUAAUGUUUAAUGGUUUAGCCAUCAUCACUUUAAGAAAGAGCCACAUUUAAUUUCAUUGCUGGCUUCACACUCUAAUUUUAUACUUCAUGGAAUGAGUUAUGCACUUUGCUAAGCUACGUACAUUUGUAAAAUACUGAGAUGCCUGUGGCAGUUUGUUUUGUCAAAUAUUUAUUUAUAUGUAUGUUAAGCCAAGUGUCUUUCUGUGUCAUAAUAAGAGAUGAAACUUGAACAGGUAUUCAGAACUAAUACAUUUUCUGUGUAAUAUUCAUUCUUGCAUCUCGAAGCAAUGACCUCUGUGAGGUAUUCGCUGUGCAAUAACAUUUGUAGAACUUGAAAUUACCAAAGUUUCUCUUUUUUUAUUUUACUGCUGUUCUGUGGUGCCACUUUUUGAUGUACAGUCAUUUACUUUUGUAAGACUUAUAACUUUAAACCAAGUGAAAACUGCUAGGUAGAAUUAAGCACAUCUGCCUUUGCAUCUGUAAAAUACAUUAGAAAUAAAUGCAGUAGAUAAAUAUCCACUGUAAUUAUUUUCAUUGAAACUGGUUUUAUGUCAUUUUGUAAUGUAUUACUUGUACUUGGAGGAUUUACUUAGAUAUGCACUUUCCUACCUUAGGUCCUCCCAUUCUGCUGUGCCACAUGGUAUUUCUUCUUGCAGUAUAGACUGCACCUCCAUUAGAGGAGAAAAAACUGAAUGCUGUAAAGUCUGCACAUCCCCUGCCUAACCUGCAGGGAAAAUGUAGAUUGUAGACACAGCAAGCAUAACAACAUUCACCGUAUUUGAAUGAAUGAUUGUGUAAGUCAGGGAUUUCUGUAAUAUGUAUAUAUAUAUAUAUAUAUAUAUAUAUAUAUAUAUAUAUAUAUAUUUUUUUUUUUUUUUUAAUUUCUAACUCCAUGGUGUACCUGAGCAGUUUAGUUCGAUCUUUCUUCUUGCUUUGCCCUUAAUUUGUUCAUGCACACAAAUUUUGUCUGUGUCUAGGUCAAAGCAAUUUGUAGUAGCGCUUAAAGAAGCAAAACAUUUUGCUGCAUUUAUUGAAAUCUGUAAUUUUGCAUACAGAAUUGACAUUUCUACUGUUGUUACCUAGCUUUGCAACACUUUGCCAUGUUUCUGUUAAUCUGUGGUAAAAUUAUUUCCCAUUGUCUGUCAAGAGAUGAUGUCUUUGCAUCCUCUUAGUGUAAAGGGUUGUAUAUUGUUUAAAGUUCUGGCAUUGUCUGUCCACUAACAUUGUUUGCAUUUAUUAAAGCAAAUCAGAGUAUUGGACUUCCUUUUAUGAUGGACAAAAGAAAUAUAUUAAUUUUAUGAGUAUUAUAUAUGACCAAAGAUGUGAUGUCAUGUUUAUACAAUAAAAAUAAAUUGUUUUGGGAUGCCACUGGGAUUCUCAAGUGCCUUAACGUACAAGCUACUUAAUGUUAUGAUGAGUACUAACCAAAUUUAAAUAUAUAUUUUACUGUUUCCAUUGUAUGUGUAUAAAAAAGUGUCUGUGGGUGGGUUUUUUGAAAUGCAUGAAGUAUGAUUUCACUAAUUAUUAAGUAAAACAGUAAAGUAUUUAUUUUGCA